CUUCAGUACCAGCUCCGGGUCCCAAUUAGUUGGUGGCGGCCACGGCAGCACAGGGCCCCACCAGGCUUCUCAUUACCGCUGGCGGCUCCUAAUGAGCGUGGGGUGGAGUGACCCCGCGCCCCCAGCCCGGCCUGCGUCACUGCUGCCGCGGGGGCUGUGCGGGUAUAUAAGGAGGGGCGUGAGCCUCGCUGCUAGCGCCCACUGCACGGUGAUGGAGACCUGCCAGGUGUCCAGGAGCCCCCGAGAGCGGCUGCUGCUGCUUUUGCUGCUGCUACUGCUUGUGCCCUGGGGCCCUGGCCCUGCUUCCGGUGUUGCACUGCCCCUCGCUGGUGUGAGCCUCCGCGCCCCGAGCCGCGCCUGGGCGAACUUGGGUACUCCCCUGUCUCGGCGCAGCCUGGCGCUGGCGGACGACGCGGCGUUUCGGGAGCGCGCGCGCCUGCUGGCCGCCCUGGAGCGCCGCCGCUGGCUGGACUCGUACAUGCACAAGCUGUUACUACUGGACGCGCCCUGAGCCCAAUAAAGAGCCUGCCGCGCCGCGCCCGCGCCUCUGCUGCGCAGCCCUGGCCGGGCUGUGUGGGGAGGCCCAGCGGGCGCGGCCCCGCAGCUAGACCCCUCCGCGUCCGCGCUGCUCCCCGCCGCCUUCGUGGGCCCUCUGGGGUGUCCGUCCCCAAUCUCUUCCCUCCUCCACAUCUCCUCCGCUUCGCUCUCCGUUGCUCACAGUCGUGAGGCCUCUGAUCCAGCUGAGAAGGGUGGAGUUUUUCCUUUUCAGUUUUCUUUUCCGAGACAGGGUUUCUCUGCGUAGCCCUGGCUGUCCUCGAACGCAGAGAUUAGCCUGUCUCUGCCUCCCGAGCGCUGAGACUAAAGGCGUGGCGUGUCGCCACGCUCUGUUGUGUCUGGGUUUCUUUUAAAA